GCGGCCUCGCAGGCGGGCAUCGGGAGCUCGUACAUGGGGAUGGUGGAGCACAGCUCCCGCGCGCCCUCCGUGCGCAGCCUGGCCGAGUCCAGCCACCACCUCCAGGACCAGCGCGCCAUGGAGAUGUACAACGGGCACGGCACGCUGCUCAGCCACCAGUCAGGGGGGUUUGAUGACAUCGACCUGCCCUCCGCAGUGAAAUACCUGAUAGCCAGCGACCCCAACCUGCAGGUCCUGGGCGCUGCCUACCUCCAGCACAAAUGCUACAGCGACAGCAACGCCAAGAAGCAGGCCCGCAGCCUCCAGGCCAUGCCCAAGCUGGUGAAGCUGUUCAACAGCCCCAACCAGGAGGUGCAGCGCCAUGCCACGGGCGCCAUGCGCAACCUCAUCUACGACAACGCCGAGAACAAGCUGGCGCUGGUGGAGGAGAAUGGCAUCUACGAGCUCAUGCGGACGCUGCGGGAGCCUGACGACGAGCUCCGCAAGAACGUCACAGGGAUCCUGUGGAAUCUCUCCUCCAGUGACAACCUGAAGGACCGCCUGGCCCGGGACACGCUGGAGCAGCUCACGGACCUGGUCCUGGUCCCCCUCUCCGGGCUGGGGGGCUCGGGUGUCAUCCAGCAGAACCCCUCUGAGGCGGAGAUCUUCUACAACUCCACGGGCUUCCUCAGGAAUCUCAGCUCUGCCAGCCAGCAGACUCGGCAGAAGAUGCGCGAGUGCCACGGGCUGGUGGACUCCAUGAUCCACUAUGUGAACAGCUCCCUGGAAGUGGGCAAGUCGGAGGACAAGAGCGUGGAGAACGCUGUCUGCGUCCUGCGCAACCUCUCCUACCGCCUGUACGACGAAAUGCCCCCGUCCUCCCUCCAGCGCCUGGAAGGCCACAGGAGGAACAACAGCGGCGUGGUGACCGGGGAGCUGGUGGGCUGCUUCAGCCCCCAGAGCAAGAAAGCGCGAGAGCACUACCUGAAUGCGGACAUCGUCACCUUCACGGAGGUCUCCAAGGACCCCAAGGGCAUGGAGUGGCUCUGGAACCCGCAGAUCGUGGGCAUCUACAACCGGCUGCUGCAGCGCUGCGAGCUCAACAAGCACACGACGGAGGCGGCCUCGGGUGCCCUGCAGAACAUCACUGCCGGGGAUCGGCAGUGGGCGGGCGUGCUGAGCCGGUUGGCCCUGGAGCAGGAGCGCAUCCUGAACCCCGUGCUGGACCGCGUCCGCACCGCCGACCACCACCAGCUGCGCUCCCUGACGGGGCUCAUCCGCAACCUGUCCCGCCAUGCCCGCAACAAGGACGAGAUGUCCACCAAGGUCGUCAGCCACUUGAUUGAGAAGCUGCCGGGGAGCGUCGGGGACAAGGUGCCGCCCGCCGAUGUCAUCGUGAACAUCAUCGCGGUCCUCAACAACCUGGUGGUGGAGAGCCCCAUGGCUGCCCGUGACAUCGUCUACUUUGAUGGCCUCAGGAAGCUCUUCUACAUCAAGAAGAGAAGGGACAGCUCGGACAACGAGAAGUCCUCCAGAGCAGCAGCCAGCCUCCUGGGCAACAUGUGGCAAUACACCAAGCUCCACCGGGACUUCAAGAUGAAGGGGUACCGGAAGGAGGACUUCCUCGGCCU